GGUGCGGAAUGAAUGCGGACCCUCUCUCUCUCUCUCUCUCUCCCCUUUCUAUCUUUCUUUUUUAUUUUUUAUCUUUUUUUUAUUACAUGUACAAGAUUUAAUUUUGCUCUUUGCAAGAAAAAACCCCCAACCCACUGAGUUUAUUUAGUCGUUAUUUCGCACCUCUGCACAAGUGGAGAAAUAUGAAUUUGACUGAGAAACCUCUGACAGUUUGUGGUGAGACGGCGUGUGAAUGAACGAAUGAGGCAGCGUCAUGGCUGCGAUGAUUCCGCCGGUGAAGCUGAAAUGGUUGGAGCAUCUGAACAGCUCUUGGAUCUCGGAGGACAGCGAGUCCAUCUCCACGCGAGAGGGCGUGGCUCUUCUCUACUCCAAGCUCCUGAUUAAUAAAGAGGUGGUGCUGCUUCCUCAGCAGGUUCUGUGCCUCAAAGGCCCCCAGCUGCCCGACUUCGAGCGCGAGUGCCUGUCGCGUGAUGAACAGGAGCACUACCUGGACGCGCUGCUGGCCAGUCAGCUGGCUUUGGCCAAAACCGUGUGCUCGGACUCUCCUUUCGCGAGCGCUCUGCGCAAACGCCUUCUGGUGCUGCAGCGCAUCUUUUACGCUCUCUCGAGCAAGUACCACGACAAGGGCAAGGCCAAGCAGCAGCAGCACUCGGGCGAGAGCGCGCUGAACUCGUCCGAGCUGCAGGCGGCGAGCGAGCGGCCGCGCUCGAGUACGGACGCGCUAAUCGAGAUGGGCGUGCGCACGGGUCUGAGCUUACUCUUCGCGCUGCUGCGUCAGAGCUGGGCCCUGCCCACCGCCACGCCCGGCCUCAGCCUCUGCAACGACGUCAUCACCACGGCGAUCGAGGUGGUGGGCUCGCUGCCGCCGUUAUCGCUAGCCAACGAGAGCAAGAUCCCGCCCAUGGGCUUAGACUGCCUGGUGCAGGUCACCGCCUUCCUGAAGGGCGUGAUCGCCUGCCAGUCCGGCGCGGACGUGGUGGGGCGGAGACUGGCCUGCGAGCUCCUCCUGGGUUUAGCGGCGCAGAGAGGAUCACUGCGUUAUCUGCUGGAGUGGGUGGAGAUGGCGCUGGCCGCCUCGGCUGGAGUCAGCAACCUGGAGCAGAACCAGAACCAGGAAGGCCUGAUGGGAUACGACUGCUUCAUGAAUAUCCUCAUGCAGAUGAGACGAUCGUUGGGUUCGUCUGCAGACAGGAGUCAGUGGAGGGAGCCGACGCGGACCCCGGACGGUCUGUGCUCUCUGUAUGAAGCAGCGCUCUGUCUGUUUGAAGAGGUCUGUCGCAUGGCGUCGGAUUACUCGAGGACGUGCGCGAGUCCGGACAGCAUCCAGACGGGCGAGGCGGCCAUGGUGUCCGAGACGUGCGAGGUGUACGUGUGGGGCAGCAACAGCAGCCACCAGCUCGUGGAGGGAACGCAGGAGAAAAUCCUCCAGCCCAAACUCGCCGCCAGCUUCAGCGACGCACAGACGAUCGAAGCCGGUCAGUAUUGCACGUUCGUCAUCUCGUCCGACGGCUCCGUCCGGGCUUGUGGAAAGGGAAGCUACGGCCGCCUGGGUCUGGGUGACUCCAACAACCAGUCCACACUUAAGAAGCUGACCUUCGAACCUCACCGUGCCAUCAAGAAGGUUUCCUCGUCCAAGGGCUCGGACGGCCACACGCUAGCGUUCACCAGCGAAGGAGAAGUGUUCAGUUGGGGCGACGGAGAUUACGGCAAACUGGGGCACGGCAACAGCUCCACUCAGAAAUACCCCAAACUCAUACAGGGACCCCUGCAGGGGAAGGUGGUGGUGUCGGUGUCGGCCGGCUACAGGCACAGUGCAGCGGUCAGCGAGGAUGGAGAGCUGUACACGUGGGGAGAAGGUGACUUUGGAAGACUGGGCCACGGUGAUAGCAACAGCCGUAACAUCCCCAUGCUCGUGAAAGACAUCAGCAACGUAGGCGAGGUGUCCUGCGGCAGUUCUCACACCAUCGCGCUCUCCAAAGACGGACGCACCGUCUGGUCCUUCGGAGGCGGAGACAACGGUAAGCUCGGGCACGGCGACACCAACCGCGUCUACAAACCCAAAGUGGUGGAGGCUCUACAGGGAAUGUUCAUCCGUAAAGUGUGCGCCGGAAGCCAGUCUUCUCUGGCUCUCACCUCUACCGGACAGGUGUACGCGUGGGGUUGUGGUGCCUGUCUGGGCUGUGGAUCCUCCGAAGCCACCGCUCUCCGACCCAAGCUGAUCGAGGAACUGGCCACCACCCGCGUUGUAGACAUCUCUAUAGGAGACAGUCACUGCCUGGCUUUAUCACAUGAUAAUGAAGUUUACGCCUGGGGAAAUAACUCGAUGGGACAGUGCGGUCAAGGGAACUCGACCGGCCCCAUCACCAAACCCAAGAAGGUGAUCGGUUUAGACGGAGUGGCCGUUCAGCAGAUUUCCGCAGGCACCUCCCACAGCCUGGCCUGGACCGCCCUUCCCCGAGACAGGCAGGUGGUGGCAUGGCACAGGCCGUACUGCGUGGAUCUAGAGGAGAGCACUUUUGCUCAUCUGCGUUCGUUCUUGGAGAGAUAUUGUGACGGCAUCAAUAACAAAGUCCCUCCGCUGCCCUUCCCUUCCUCCAAAGAGCACCACAACUUCCUGAAGCUCUGCCUGAAGCUCUUAUCCAAUCAUCUGGCUCUGGCGCUGGCAGGGGGCGUGGCCACUAGUAUCCUAGGACGACAGGCUCGGCCUCUUCGCAACCUGUUGUUUAGACUGAUGGACGCGUCGGUGCCUGAUGAGAUUCAGGAAGCCGUCAUUGAGACUCUGUCUGUAGGUGCCACCAUGUUGCUGCCACCUCUGAGGGAAAGAAUGGAGCUUCUGCACUCACUCCUUCCUCAAGGACCUGACCGCUGGGAGAGCCUCUCUAAAGGACAGAGGAUGCAGCUGGACAUCAUUCUAACCAGUCUCCAGGAUCACACCCAUGUGGCUUCUCUGCUGGGCUACAGUUCUCCUCCAGAUGUCUCUGAGUCCCUCACGCUGUCCUCAGACCCCACACACACACCGGACACACACCCCGACACACACCUCGCUGAGAUCCUCAUGAAGACUCUACUCCGCAACCUGGGCUUCUACACCGAUCAGGCGUUUGGAGAGUUGGAGAAGAACAGUGAUAAGCAUUUACAGGGAACAUCUUCAUCUGAUAACAGUCAGCCUGCUCACCUCCAUGAGCUCCUCUGUUCUCUACAGAAACAACUGCUGGCCUUCUGCCACAUGAACCCUGUCACAGAGGACUCCAGCAGCGUGGCCCUUCUCCAUAAACACCUGCAGCUUUUGCUGCCUCAUGCCACAGAUAUUUUCACUCGCUCUGCCGUGCUUCUGAAGGAGAGUUCUGGAAACGGCAGCGUGCGUGAGAAACUACGAGAUGUGAUGUACGUGUCUGCGGCAGGAAGCAUGCUGUGUCAGAUCAUGACGUCUCUGCUGUUAUUGCCCGUGUGGGUUGCUCGUCCCCUGCUGAGCUUCCUGUUAGACCUUCUGCCUCCGUUAGACCGCCUGAACAGACUCCUGCCGGCCGCCGCGCCGUUAGAGGACCAGGAGCUGCAGUGGCCAGUUCAGGCAGGAGCCUCCAACUUGGCAUCCUACUCCAUCGAAUUCCGAAUUCCGAAUCCAGGAAUCUCAGAGCUGGCGGAGCCAGGGGGUGUGUCCAGUCCUGCGCAGUCCUGGGUGUGGCUCGUGGAUCUGGAGCGCACAGUGGCUUUGCUGAUUGGCCGAUGCCUGGGGGGAAUGCUGCAAGGCUCCACCCCUUCGCUGGAGGAACAGCACACGGCGUACUGGCUGAAAACCCCACUGUUCAGCAACGGCCUAGAGACAGACAUACCACAGCUAGACUCGUGUAUCAGCGCUCUCCUGGAGGCGGCUCUGUGUGGGAACGAGGAGAAGAAGCCGUUCGACUGCGCUCUGCGAGCCGACAUGUCUGUGUUCGUGGACCUCGCCCUCGGAUCCACUAAAGAGCCCACAUACAGCCUGUGGACCAACAUGCUGGACUACGCCAUCAGCAAGGACUGGGACAGUGCGACGCUGAGUAACGAGGCUUUGUUGGACACUGUGUCCCGCUUUGUUCUGGCGACGCUGCUGAAGCACACUGGGCUGCUGGGUAACGCCUGCGGAGGGGGCAGGUACCAGCCGUGUAAGCUGUUGGCUGAAGUGUACCGGAGUGUGUAUAAGGUGCGGAAUCGCUUACUGGCCUGCAAGAACAUGGAGCUGGUCCAGACUCAUUCACCAUCCAGAGAACGCAGGAUCUCUGAGAACGUGGACUCUGUGGAACUGGACCCACAGGAACACGCUUUCACUCGCACCAUCGACGAGGAGGCAGAACUGGAGGAACGAACUGACAGAGAGAGAGACCGAGAAGACAGCCAUCAGGAGCAGGAGGACGAGGAGGAGAGGGAGCACGAGGUCAUGACCGCAGGAAAAAUUUUCCAGUGUUUUCUCUCGGCGCGGGACGCGGUGCGAACUCACCGAGAGCGAACUCGCACAAGCAGCGUCGGUGUCCCGGACGAGCACGUUCAGCCUGGCCAGGAGCGCAGGAACAGCGUCCCCUUACAGGACGGGCAAGACCUCUACACCGCCACCUGCAACACCAUCAUCCAUCGCUGCGCCAUGCUCCUAAUGGCCGUCAGCCCGACGCUCACUCACACCGCUGACGAGCAGACGGCUUUGAGCGGCGCCGUGCAGGAUGGAGGCGGAUUUAUGACCAGGAGCGAGAGUUUGUCCACCGAGAGUCGUUCCAUCCAGAGCGGUCCGAGUUACAGACUCACUAAAUCCAGAAGCGAGUCUGAUCUCUCCCAGCCCGAGUCUGAUGAAGAAGGAUACUCACUGAGUGCCAAAAGGAACGCUGACCUGGAUUUGGCGUUCACUCCUAAAAAGAGAGAUUUCGCACACAGCACUCCGGACUCCGCCGACUGGUUCGGCCGGCGUUCGGGUCGCGAGUGCCUGUACGGCUCCCCUCAGUCUUAUGAGGAGUCUGACUUGGACCUGAGCUGCACGCUGCACGUCCACAUGCUCAUCGAGAACAUCGUGAGCUUCGUCAGCGGCGACGUGGGAAACGCGCCCGGAUUCAAGGAACCGGAGGAGAGCAUGUCGACUAGUCCUCAAGCUACGAUUAUAGCCAUGGAGCAGCAGCAGGGCAGAGCGGAGCUGCGAUUAGACGCUCUUCAUCAGAUCGUGGUUUUAAUCUCUGGGAUGGAGGAGAAGAGCAGUCAGGCCGGAGAAGAGGGCGUGGCCGGGCGUGGUCCCACUGCCUUUCACUCCGCCUCCUUGCUGACGUCAGUCAGACUGCAGUUCUUGGCAGGAUGCUUUGGCCUCUGCGCCUGUAACGGCGGACUGAAGGGUGAGAACGUCCAGCUGCACCACUACCAGGACGGCAUUCGAGCUGCUAAAAAGAGAUUACAGGUGGACAUUCAGAUGGCGGUGCACAAAAUUUACCAGCAGCUUUCCAUCACACUGGAGAGAGCUCUUCAGUCUAAUAAGCACCAUAUAGAUGCUCAGCAGCGGCUGCUGUUAGUGACCGUGUUUGCCCUCAGCGUGCGCUACCAGCCCGUGGACGUUUCAUUGGCCAUCUCGAGCGGUCUGCUAGACGUGCUCUCUCAGCUGUGCGGUAAGGAAACUCUGCUGGGACACGCCCUCCAGCUCCUGCACAAACCCGCCGACUCCCAGCUCAGCACGGCGCUCAAAGUGGCCAGCACCCGACUGCUGCAGAUCCUCGCCAUCAGCACCGGGACGUACGCUGAUCGUCUGAGCCCUAAAGUGGUUCAGGCUCUGUUGGACCUGCUCUGUAGUCAGCUGAAGACUUUGCUGUCUCAGGCUGCAGGAAGUGUCCUCAGCACAAGUCCAGAGUCUGAGGAGAAGACAGACGACGGCACAGACAACACAAAAAAAGACUUCAGGGCAUUACUGCCUAAGCAACACACGGCAGAGCUACUCCUCGGGGACUUUCUGGUGUUUCUGCGGAGAGUCGUAUCUUCCAAAGCAAUCCAGUCCAAGAUGGCGUCUCCUAAAUGGACCGAAGUGCUGCUGAACAUCGCGGCGCAAAAAUGCUGUUCAGGUGUUCCGCUUGUGGGGAAUUUGAGGACACGGCUGCUGGCCCUGCAUGUCCUGGAGGCUGUACUUCCUGCCCGUGAAAGUAACGUCGAGGAUCAUCAAACGACCCAGGUGGUUGAAAGGUUGUUCUCUCUGCUGUCGGACUGCAUGUGGGAGGCUCCUGUCGCUCAGGCCAAACACACCGUCCACCUGAAGGAGAGAGAACAAGAGGUCAAACUCCAGGGUGAGACAGAGGAAGAAGAAGAGAACCUGCCUGUUCAGGAAGUGAUCUUCGACCCUGAAAAGGCGCAGUGCUGCGUGGUGGAAAACGGGCAGGGUCUGACGCACGGCAGCGGCGGGAAAGGCUACGGCCUGGCUGCUACAGGCAUCUCAUCAGGCUGCUACCAGUGGAAGUUCUACAUAGUGAAGGAGAACCGUGGGAACGAGGGAACGUGCGUGGGCGUGUCUCGCUGGCCCGUACACGACUUCAACCACCGCACCACGGCCGACAUGUGGCUGUACCGCGCUUACAGCGGCAACCUGUACCACAACGGGGAGCAGACGCUCGCGCUGUCCAGCUACACGCAGGGCGACUACAUCACCUGCGUGCUGGACAUGGAGGCUCGUACCAUCUCCUUCGGCAAGAACGGAGAGGAGCCCAAACUGGCUUUUGAAGACGUGGACGCUACAGAGCUGUACCCAUGCGUCAUGUUCUACAGCAGCAACCCGGGAGAAAAGGUCAAAAUCUGUGACAUGCAGAUGCGAGGCACGCCGCGCGACCUUUUACCCGGCGACCCCAUCUGCAGUCCUGUGGCCACCGUCCUCGCCGAGGCCGUGUCUCAGCUGGUGAGGAUCCUGCACCGUUCGGACGGCUGGACGCAACCCAUCAACCGGUGCAUGCUCCAGCGGCUGCAGCAGAUCCGCGGCUGUCUGCGCGAAGGCGCUCCUCCGCCCCCGGGAGGCGCGAGACUGAGAAAGAGCCGCUCGGCUCAGAGCCGUGACGAGCAGGACGAGGCGAAGGAGGAGGACAGGGACGAGGAACGAGGCAGGAGCGGCCGGGAGCUGACGGAGGUGCAGCUGAGGACGCUGUGUAACCUGAUAUGGCCCGUGCUGGCGGUGAUGGGAGGCGUGGACGGAGGGCUGAGGGUCGGCGGGCGCUGCGUGCACAGGCAAAGCGGGAGACAUGCCACCCUGCUGGGCGUGGUCAAGGAGGGCAGCAUGUCGGCCAAGGUGCAGUGGGACGAGGCAGAGAUCACCAUCAGCUUCCCCGCUUUCUGGUCACCCAGUGACACGCCGCUGUAUAACCUGGAGCCGUGCGAGCCGCUGCCCUUCGACGUGGCACGUUUCCGAGGUCUGACUGCCGCGCUGCUCCUGGACCUCACCGCUCUGGCUUCGCUGCAGGACGACGGCGCCAAGCUCUCGCCGUCCUCCUGCUCCUCUUCUUCCUCGCGCCGCCACGAGCGCCGACACCGACACGAGUCUCACGAGCCGGAGACCGAAGACGGGCCGGGCGACCUGCGCGUCUCUCACAGCAUGGAUGAAGUGCGUACCCACGCUGCCGCCCACCCCGAGCCACAGAAGGCCCCCGUGCUGGCUGAGGUCCACGCCGUGCAGCUCUCCUACCUCUGCCUGGGCGCCAUGAAGAGCCUGAGCGUCCUGCUGAGCUGCAGCAAGUACGCCGAGCUCCUGCUCAUCCCCAAGGCAGUACCUGACAGCGGCCACAACUCCGACUGCGGCAGCCCGAGCAUCGGCGUCUCGCAGGAGGAGGCGGAGAUGCGCUCUGCGCUGCAGUUCCUCAUGAGGCACAUGGUGAAGCGGGCCGUGAUGAGGUCACCCAUUAAACGCGUGCUGGGAUUGGCCGAACUGGAGCGGGCGCAAGCCAUGGUCUACAAACUCGUCGUCAAUAGCGUGCUGGAGGAGCAAGAAGGCGGGAGAGCCAAACAAUCGGAUGGUGAGUGUGAGGAACUGGAAGGUGAGCAGCAGUUCCAGACGCCGGUCACCACCUCACCCUCCGCCUCCAGCAGCACCUCGUUUAUGAGCUCCUCCCUAGAGGACACCACCACGGCAACCACACCUGUCACCACGGCAACCACACCCGUAACUGAUGCUGAGACUGCGCCAGCUUCGGAAUCACCAGGAGUUAUGCCCCUCAGCUUGCUCAGACAGAUGUUCUCCAGUUACCCCACCACCACGCUGCUGCCCGCUCGCCGAGCUCAGACGCCUCCAGUCUCAUCCCUGCCCACGUCUCCUUCAGAAGAACACGGCCGGAGACAGAGUUUCACCUCACCUGAGUCUCAGCCUGCCAGAACUACCAACAGGACAGCGCUCUCGGACCCCAGCAGCCGUCUCUCCACGUCUCCUCCUCCCCCUGCCAUUGCUGUACCCCUGCUCGAGAUGGGGUUCUCCCUCAGGCAGAUCAUGAAGGCUCUAGAAGCCACAGGUGCGCGAGGCGAGGCAGACGCCCAGAACAUCACGGUUCUGGCCAUGUGGAUGAUCGAGCACCCGGGCACCGAAGACCCAGAAGAGCGCGCCGUGUCUUCUGACUACUCGGGGGCGGCCGGAGGAGGCAAGAAUGCGGAGAGGAGCUACCUGCGCUCACCUGGAGACAUUCCCAACGCGGACGCCGCAGAACCGGAGGAGGGAUUCAGCGAGAGCCAGGAAGGAUUGGAUCAAGACUCCGCCUCUGCCUCCAAUGGACACGCCCCCCGUGGGCGAUCAGCCGCAAGUAGGAAACAUCGCUUUGAUCUGGCGGCACGCACGUUACUGGCUCGUGCAGCUGGACUCUACCACUCGGUGCAGGCCCACCGCUCUCAGGUGCGAAGGGAGGGCUCAGGGGUGCAGCAGGACUCAGGCUCGCUGGGCGGAGUUUACGACUUCAACCUGGACGAGGAGCUGGAGCUGGAGCUGGACCAAGAGGCGAUGGAGGCCAUGUUCACACAGGAGCUCGCUUCAGACUCGGACAUCCUGGGAAUGUGGAUUCCGGAGGUACUGGACUGGCCAACAUGGCACGUGUGCGAGUCAGAGGAACGUGAGGAGGUGGUGGUCUGUGAGCUUUGCGACGUCAACGUGUCCAGCUUCAACCAACACAUGAAAAAGAGUCAUCCAGGGUGCGGGCGGAGCGCCAAUCGGCAGGGUUACCGUAGCAACGGGUCCUACGUGGACGGCUGGUUUGGGGGCGAGUGCGGGAGCGGGAACCCGUAUUACCUGCUGUGUGGCAGCUGCAGGGAAAAGUACCUCGGCAUGAAGAGCAAGCACAAAGGAGCGGUGCCGGAGAGGUAUAAAGGCCAGGCUCCAGACCUGCUGGGAAAACAGGACAGUGUCUAUGAAGAGGACUGGGACAUGCUGGACGUGGACCAGGCGGAGAAGCUGACAGGCGAGGAGGAGUUCGAGCUGCUUUCAGCGCCGCUGGGACUCACGGAACGCAAACCCGUCCCCGAGGCCGUUCACUUCCCCGACACGGACCCCCUGGGAGCCUCUGUCGCCAUGGUUACCGCUACAAAUAGCAUGGAGGAGACCCUCCUUCAGAUAGGCUGCCAGAGUUCGGUGGAUAAGAGCUCGUCGGGUCGCAUGUGUUUGGGCGAGCAGGCGGCGGGGCUUCAGAGUUCCGCUGAUCGUAUGGUGGCUUUGAGGAGAGUCACUGCAGCAGCUCAAGUCCUGGUGGCCAGAACUAUGGUCAUGAGAGCGCUGUCUCUGCUCUCGGUCAGCGGUUCCAGCUGCAGUCUCGCCGCUGGACUGGAGUCCCUGGGUCUGACGGACAUUAGGACCCUGGUGCGUUUGAUGUGUUUGGCCGCGGCCGGUCGCGCAGGUCUCUCCACCGGUCUCGCCUCAGGCCCCGGUGCUUUAGACCGUCCACGUGGAGCCAACAAGCCCACCAAACCCAUCUCCUGCCUGGCCUACCUCAGCACUGCGGUGGGCUGCCUCGCCUCUAACAGCCCCAACGCCGCCAAGCUUCUCGUCCAGCUGUGCACUCAGAACCUGAUUUCGGCAGCCACAGGGAUGAACCUGACCACGGUGGACGAUCCGAUCCAGAGGAGGUUCCUGCCCAGUUUCCUGCGGGGCGUGGCCGAGGAAAACAAACUCAUCACGUCGCCAAACUUCGUAGUGACGCAGGCCCUGGUGGCGCUGUUAGCCGAUAAAGGAGCGAGACUGAGACCCGGUUAUGACAAGGCUGAACUGGAGAAGAGAGGGUUAAUUUCCUCUCUUUAUGCCCACCUUUCCUGCCCCCCCCCUGCUUUAGGUCCGUUGGAGCUGGCCAAUGCGCUGGCAGCGUGCUGCCUCUCGUCCCGCCUCUCCUCACAGCACCGUCAGUGGGCCGCGCAGCAGCUGGUGCGUACUCUCGCCGCCCACGACCGAGACAACCAGAGCCGCCCGCAGACCUUCGCCGACAUGGCGGGCGACUUACGCAAGUGUUCUACUAUCAAGCUGGAGGCUCACCAGGGCAGAGUGAUGUCCUGCGGGUGGUGUAAUAAGAAAGGUCUCUUGGCGACCAGCGGGAGUGACGGAACCGUUCGAGUCUGGAACGUGAACAAGAACCAGUACACUCUGCAGCAGACGUGCGUCUUUAACAAAACGGACGGUUCCCCUGUGGAGUGUUCUAGCGGACUGGGUUCUCCGGGUGAACCGAGCCUGGCGCCUGUGGCCUGGAGCACGAGCGGGAAGUUUCUAGCAGCAGCCCUGGAGAAGGUGGUUAACAUCUGGCAGUUCAACGGUGGUAAGGGCUUGUUGGACCUGCAGCCUCACUGGGUGUCGUCGCUGGCAUGGCCGGAGAACGAGGCGGGGUGUCUCUGGGCCGGAGAGCCUCGAGAACUCCUAUUGGUCGGUCGCAUAGACGGAACCCUGGGCCUGCUUGAAGUUCUAGAUGCCUCGAACAUGCAGAGAACCGAACUACUGCACUGCUACAGGAAAGACGUGGCUGUGAUGAACAUGGCGUGGUACAGCGAGGAUCGGCCGUUUGCGGUCGGCUACGCAGACGGAAAGCUUCUGAUUGGCUGUAAAGAAGCGCUGGAGAAUGGAUCCGUGGUCGUCAUCGAUGCUCAUAAGGAAAGCAUCAGCUCCCUGCGCUGGGCUCCAGGCGGGCAAAUUUUAUUAAGCUGUGCCAAAGAAGAGACUGCGUGCCUGUGGGCGGAGUCUGGGGCGGGGCUCGGGCGGAGCUGGGCGUGUCUCCAGAGCAUCGCUCACCCAAGCAUGGUGAACGCUGUCGCCUGGUGUGGUCUCUCCGGACAGGGACCUAAAGCACUGAACAUGAUGGCCACGUGUUGUCAGAAUGGCUUGGUGUCUGUGUGGACCGUGCCUCAGGACCCCUCAGCGUUCUCGCAGUCCAGCUCAGCCAGCACAGGUGCAUGGUGGGAAACGGACGCCAAGUCGAAACCCAGGUUUACCCCACAGUGGCGUGAGGCAGCAGUGUGUGUCUUCCAGCUGCGAGGUCACAUGACUCCGGUUAGGACGAUAGCUUUCAGUCCUGAUGGUCUCGCUCUGGUGUCCGGUGGUGUUGGUGGUCUUCUGAACAUCUGGUCUCUCCGAGAUGGUUCUGUGAUACAGACGGUGGUCGCGGGUUCAGGAGCGAUUCAGAACACCGUGUGGAUCCCGGAUGUCGGAGUCGCCGUCUGUUCCAACCGCUCGAAGGACGUUUUGGUCGUGAACUGCUCCACCGAGUUCAUGUCUGCUAAUCACGUGUUGGCGACCUGCCGCACCGCGCUGAAGAAGCAGGGGGUUGUGGGACUGAACAUGGCUCCCUGUAUAAGGACUUUCCUCGAGAGACUUCCCAUCAUGCUUCAGGAACAGUACGCCUACGAGAAGCCACAUGUGGUGUGUGGAGAGCAGCUGAUCCACAGUCCCUACAUGCAGUGUUUGGCAUCUCUGGCUGUCGGACUGCAGUUGGACAGGUUACUGUGUCACGCCCCAGUGCCUAUUCACCUGGCCCACUGCCCCGCCCAGCCUGGCUCUUCAUCAUCCUCUUCCUCCUCAUCCUGUCCUUCCACACAGCUGCACUCAUGGGGCAGCAGCGAGUGGGCGUGGCUACACAGCUUCUCCACCACCGUGAAGACAGCCGAGGCGCUCGCCCGCGGUCACACUUUCCCAGAAUCCUUCACUGUGCCUGAUCUGGAGCCCGUGGCCAAGGACAAGAUGGCGCUGCUGAUGGACAACAGUAAAUGGGCUCUUGGGAUGGAUGAGCAGUUGAUGUCAUGGGCCACCUCCAGACCUGAGGACUGGCACCUGGGCGGGAAGUGUGACGUGUAUCUGUGGGGCGCAGGACGCCACGGCCAGCUCGCUGAGGCCGGACGGAACAUUCUGGUGCCGACGCCUGCUACAUCCUUCUCUCAGGCUCAGCAGGUUGUGUGUGGGCAGAACUGCACGUUUGUGAUUCAGGCGAACGGAACCGUGUCGGCGUGUGGCGAGGGCAGCUAUGGCCGUCUGGGUCAGGGCAACUCGGACGACCUGCACAUUCUCACCGUCAUCUCAGCACUACAAGGGUUUGUAGUGACUCAGCUGGUGACGUCGUGCGGUUCUGACGGACACUCGAUGGCUCUGACCGAGAGCGGUGAGGUGUUCAGCUGGGGAGACGGCGACUACGGCAAACUGGGCCACGGCAACAGUGACCGCCAACGCCGGCCGCGCCAGAUAGAGGCUCUGCAAGGAGAGGAGGUAGUGCAGAUGUCGUGUGGGUUUAAACACUCGGCCGUCGUCACGGCAGACGGUAAGCUCUUCUGCUUUGGGAACGGAGACUACGGCAGACUCGGCCUGGGAAACACGUCCAAUAAGAAACUUCCAGAAAGAGUCACCGCUUUGGAGGGACAACAGAUCGGCCAGGUGGCGUGUGGACUAAACCACACGUUGGUGGUGUCAGCCGAUGGAUCGACCGUCUGGGCGUUCGGAGACGGAGAUUACGGAAAACUCGGUUUGGGAAACUCGACCGCUAAAUCUUCACCCCAGAAAGUGGACGUUCUGUGCGGGAUCGGGAUUAAGAAGGUGGCGUGCGGAACCCAGUUCUCUGUGGCUUUGACCACAGAUGGAAAUGUUUACACUUUUGGACAAGAUCGCCUGAUCGGUCUGCCAGAGGGGCGCGCACGCAACCACAACCGCCCGCAGCAGGUUCCCGCCCUGGUGGGUGUGUUUAUCCAGGACAUCGCGGUGGGGGCGGAGCAUGCACUCGCACUGGCGUCUACUGGAGACGUUUACGCCUGGGGGAGCAACUCUGAAGGGCAGCUCGGUUUGGGUCACACCAACCACGUACGAGAGCCGACGCUCAUCGCAGCUUUGCAGGGUAAAAACAUCCAGCAGAUUUCGGCAGGACGCUGCCACAGUGCCGCAUGGACUGCUCUGUCAGUGCCACCCAGAGCACCAGGGUCGUCCAUGCCGCUUCAGCUGGGGCUGCCCGUGUGUGUGCCGCCGCAGUACGGCGCUCUGAGGGACGUCAGCAUGGAGGCGCUGAGAGCUCGGCUACGUCUGCUCUACCACUUCUCUGACCUCAUGUACUCCUCCUGGAGACUGUUAAACCUCAGCCCUAACAACCAGAGUUGUACGUCGCGUUAUAACCCCGGGACGUGGGGUAUCGUACAGGGGCAGCUGCGCCCUCUGCUGGCUCCACGGGUGUAUAUGCUGCCGAUGGUGCGCUCCAUCGGUAAGACCAUGGUGCAGGGCAAGAACUAUGGCCCUCAGAUCACCGUCAAGAGAAUCUCCACUCGUGGGAGGAAGUGUAAGCCCAUCUUCGUGCAGAUCGCUCGGCAGGUAGUGAAGCUGAACGCGUCUGAUCUCAGGCUGCCGUCCCGGGCGUGGAAGGUGAAGCUGGUUGGAGAGGGAGCGGACGAUGCAGGAGGAGUUUUUGAUGACACGAUUACUGAAAUGUGUCAGGAGCUUGAGACUGGAGUAGUGGACCUGCUCAUCCCUUCUCCUAAUGCCACAGCAGAAGUGGGCUACAACAGAGACCGGUUCCUGCUGAACCCCUCCGCGUGUCUGGACGAGCAUUUACUGCAGUUUAAGUUCCUGGGCAUCCUGAUGGGCGUGGCCAUCCGCACCAAGAAACCUCUGGACCUGCAUCUGGCUCCGAUGGUGUGGAAGCAGCUGUGCUGCAUCCCGCUGACGCUGGAGGACCUGGAGGAGGUGGACCUGCUGUACGUCCAGACGCUCAACAGCAUCCUGCACCUGGACGACAGCAGCAUCACCGAGCAGAACUUCCACGAGAUGAUUCCUCUGGAUUCGUUUGUGGGUCAGAGUGCUGAUGGGAAAAUGGUGCCCAUCAUUCCGGGAGGAAACAGCAUCCCGCUGACCUUCUCCAACAGGAAGGAGUACGUAGAACGUGCCAUAGAGUACCGGCUACACGAGCUCGACCGCCAGGUGGCGGCCGUGCGGGAGGGCAUGUCGUGGAUCGUGCCGGUUCCUCUGCUCUCGUUGCUGACGGCUCGGCAGUUGGAGCAGAUGGUGUGCGGUUUGGCGGAGAUCAGCGUGGAGGUACUGAAGAAGGUGGUGCGUUACCGGGAGGUGGAGGAGCAGCAGCAGCUGGUGCAGUGGUUCUGGCAGACGCUCGACGAGUUCUCUAACGAGGAACGCAUGCUGUUCAUGCGCUUUGUCUCCGGACGUUCACGCCUCCCCGCCAACACGGCCGACAUCUCGCAGCGCUUCCAGAUCAUGAAGGUGGACCGGCCGUACGACAGUCUUCCCACGUCUCAGACCUGUUUCUUCCAGCUCCGCCUCCCGCCCUACUCCAGCCAACCAGUGAUGGCGGAGCGGCUACGCUAUGCUAUCAAUAACUGUCGUUCCAUCGACAUGGACAACUACAUGCUGUCUCGGAACGUGGACAACACGGAGGGCUCGGACACCGACUACUGACCCGAACCUCCUCGCACAAAGACACGCCGCAGUCCGACUCGGCUCUUUUUAAACGCCAGACACAAAAAUCCAGUUUUUAUUUUCACUUCUUUUAUUAGCCGUCAGAGUUAAAGCAGUCAGGUGGAGACAACCGAGGCCAGAGUAUCAAUUAGGAAACGUUCUGUUUUCUCUCUCUAACACAAUUCUUCCUGACUCCGCCCCUUACCCCCCCCCCUUUUCUUUUUAGGAUUUUUCUGCAUUAACAUUUUCCUUUGAUUUAAAGAAAAAAAAAAUCUGAGAUUGAUAAAAGGAUGUACAUUGUGUAUAAUGCUUCAUUAGAAAUUGUUUUAAGUUCAUAUUUAUUUUAUUUUAAUUUUGGAAUUACCUCCACCCUGUUUCAUAACAAUGAGACAAUUAAAAGCUUCAAACUUG